AUGAGUAGCUCCCCUGAAGCUCCUACAACCGGCUACAUGUUUGAAAAAGGGAUUUAUUUUGCUGAUUUGGUGAGCAAAAGUGCUCAAUAUUGUUUUACUGACAAGAAAAAUCCGGUGGGCUUAAUGCUAUUAAGUGAAGUUGCUUUGGGAGAGAUGUAUGAGCUUAAGAAGUCCAAGUAUAUGGACAAACCUCCAAAAAGGAAGGACUCGGGUAAAGGACUUCGGAAGAAGAUCCCUAAUGAGUCUAAACACAUUAAGUGGAAGGAUGAUGUUGUUGUGCCAUGUGGAAAGUCGGUAUCAUCAAAUGUUAAGGCAUACGGGUUGAUGUAUAAUGGGUACAUCGUCUACAACACCGAUCAAAUCAUUGAAGAAGAUAAAGGUUCAGGCUGCUAUGUGUUCUGGAAGUGGGGUCGAGUUAGCAAUGAAAAAAUUGGAGGAAAUAAGUUGGAAGAAUUGAGUAAGUCAGAUGCAAUUCAAGAAUUUAAACGGUUGUUUCUUGAAAAGAUUGUGAAUUCAUGGGAGGCACAGGAACAAAAGAAACUUCAAAAGCAACCUGGAAAAUUCUACCCCUUGGAAAUUGUAUUUCUACUUCCUGAUGGACAACACUUAGCAAUUGGUUCAGGUGACACAACUGUCCGACUCUAG